UCUUCAAUGGUUAGCCAGCUCUAACCCGAGGAACGUAAACAAAGCAAGCAUUUUUUAAACUCUCUUAAAUAUAGUUUAAAUAAAUAAUGGACCAUAACGUAGGCCGCUUAACAGAGGAAUCUCUGAAACGCAAGGAGAGGCUGCAAAAACUCCGCGAACAGGCGCAAAAUAAAGGAAGUGAUGCCGCCGAAUCCACUGAGAACUUGCCAAAACCCAUAUUCCGCAGCUACAAGCCACAAAACGAGAACACUACCGGCGAGAUUCUGGCCCAGGAGCCCACGGGGAGCAUCGAAACCGCCGUGGAGGACCAGUUGAGUCUGCUGCAGCAGCCAAUGGUGAUCGACGAAAUUGAUAUAACCAAUCUGGCGCCGCGGAAACCGGACUGGGACCUCAAGCGAGAUGCCAGCAAAAAGUUAGAGCGUCUAGAGCGACGCACCCAAAAGGCGAUUGCGGAACUGAUACGUGAGCGCCUGAAACUAAACCAAAUCGAGGACAUUAGCCAGGCGGUGAAUGUGGCCACUGCCCAUGCGGGAGAGAGUGUCCAGGAGGAUUAUGACUAGAGCCAAACAUCUACUUUUACUGAUAAAUAAAAUAAAAAAAACACAAGAUACUUAUAAACAAAAA